AUGGAUCGUCUCGAGGCGAACGGCACUAUACUUCUUAUUGGAGGCUCUGAAACCACGGCGACUCUGCUCUCCGGGAUCACCUACUUACUCUUGCAGAACCCGGAAGUACUGGCGCGUUUGACUGAAGAAGUUCGUUCCUCUUUCCAUUCUGAAAAGGACAUUACGAUGGAUUCGGUGAACGGUCUAUCGUACAUGUUGGCCUGCCUCAACGAAGCCCUGCGCUCCUACCCACCGAUUCCCAUCGGACUGCCGCGAGUGGUGCCGAAGACCGGCCGACAAAUCAUGGGGCAAUACGUUGCACCAGAUGUAAGAUUCUCUUCAAUCAUUCUACGGUAG